AUGGCAGAAUUCAGUCGAUCGGAGAUCCUGGGGACGACUUUCGAGACCACCACCAGAUAUGCAAACGUGCAACCUGUUGGUCUGGGUGCCUUUGGGCUUGUCUGCUCCGCAUAUGAUUUAAUCGGCCAGCAAAAUGUGGCCAUCAAGAAGAUGAUGACCCCAUUUGCCAGUACGGCCCUCGCCAAGCGCACUUACCGAGAGGUCAAGUUGUUGAAGCAACUCCGGCACGAGAAUCUCAUUUGUUUAUCUGAUAUCUUCAUCUCGCCCCUAGAAGACGUAUACCUAGUCACGGAACUUCUAGGGACGGAUCUCAAUCAACUGAUGAGGGCAAAGCCGUUGGAUGCCAGAUUUGCGCAGUUCUUUAUGUAUCAAAUAAUGCGAGGAUUGAAGUACAUUCACUCGGCCGGUGUCAUUCAUCGAGAUCUCAAACCGAGUAACCUGCUGGUGAAUGAGAAUUGCGAUCUGAAAAUUUGUGACUUCGGCUUGGCUCGCGUCAGGGAACCUCAGAUGACCGGCUACGUUUCAACGCGAUAUUACCGGGCACCCGAGAUUAUGCUAACGUGGCAACGGUAUGAUGAUGCGGUCGACAUAUGGAGUGCGGGUUGCAUCUUCGCCGAGAUGCUACGGGGUGAACCACUGUUUCCCGGGAAGGACCACAUCAACCAGUUCUAUUUGAUCACUGAUAUCAUCGGCAAUCCUCCAGACGAGGUUAUAGAGAGAAUUACGAGCGCAAAUACGCGACGGCUUGUCAAUUCAUUGCCAAAGAAAGGCUCGCACCAGCUGAGAUCCGUGUUUUCGGGGUUUGAUGAUCAUACCAUCGAUCUUCUUGAGAAGACACUAGUAUUUGAUCCCGAAAAACGCAUCUCGGCCGAUGAAUCUUUGAAGCACCCCUAUCUAUCGCCUUAUCAUGAUCCCAACGACGAACCUGUGGCAGAAAAGGAAUUCGACUGGUCUUUCAACGAUGCCGAUCUGCCCAAGGAUACGUGGAAGUUCAUGAUAUACUCCGAAGUUUUAGACUACCAUAGUGUUGGUGGGGCUGCGCAACCAGAACUAGACCAGGACGACAUUUCCAGCAACAUAGACCUCUUUCUACAAGAAAUCGGCCCCCAAUGA